AUGAGACGCCGCGAGGAGAACGAUGAUGCUGAUGUCAUUGCAAAUUGGCUCGUUGAGUAUGGGGUUAGUCUAGACUGUGCAACCAAAAGGGUUACUAUGAGACCGACUGAGAAUGAUGAGGAGGUCAUAAUUGGUGAGCGUCGAGAUUACCUCUCUAAUGUAAUCUCCUCUCUUAUAGUAGAUAAGUUAGUCCAAAAGGGGUGCGAGGCAUACCUUGCUUAUGUAUCUAAUUCUGCUCUCGAAAAGCUUUCAGUGCGAGAUAUCCGCACCGUGAGGGAAUUUCUGGAUGUCUUUUCUGAGGAAUUACCCAAAGUACCUCCAGAUAAAGAGAUGGAGUUUGGAAUUGAUCUAUUACAAGGUAUUGCUUCAGUGUCUAUUGCUCCCUAUCACAUGACACCGAUAGAACUGGCCGAAUUAAAAGUGCAACUUCAGGAACUCCUUGAUAGAGGAUUUAAUCGACCGAGUGUGUCUCCGUGA